AUGAUAGUGCUGGUGGGGCUGACUGAGGACAAACCAAAUAUGCCAAGUAAAUUACGUGGCACAUUAGAAGAAGAUAAAUACUAUGGAGUAUCGAUCGGGAGUUUCUUAGACAGAGAAAUCACUGAUGGUGUAACUGAAGUGAAUGAGUUUGCUCCUUGCUUCUUCUUUUCCUUUUCUCUGUAAGGAAUCACUCCUGUGAUCCUGGGAAUCUUCAGCCUGCUGCUCUUGAUAUUUUGUGGAUUCUUUGGUUAUCAAUACUUUCAAACUGUUGAGGUAACAACAACCAAUAUGAAGAGCCUUCACGAAUGGAUGGAGCUUUUCCAAAACAGAACCGAAAAAUGUCUAAAGAUCCAAAAAGUUCUUGCCCAAAAUAAAGAAACCCUAGAGUGGGUCCAAAGCCAGAAGAAGUAUCUCAUUGAGGCUUUACAAGAACUAAAGGAGAAACAAGGAGACAGGUGUGGACCUCCUCUGAAUCACUGGGUUCAAUACAAAGACUACUGCUACCAUCAAACUAUGGAAAUGGUUUCUUGGUUAAACUGUUCUGAUCUUUGUAUCUCUUUGAAUGCUACAUUUUUAAAGACAGAAAGGAGUGUAUUGAAGACUAUCAUGAAAUUAAUUGCAGUAAAUCGUACUUGGCUUGGCCUGUCUUACAAGGAGGAGGACAAUGAAUGGAAGUGGGAGGAUGGCUCCUCUCCUUCUCCUCGGCUGGGUUUGCCAGAGCGAAAUCUGGAUUUCCAAGGGAAUUGUGUGUAUGUAAAUUCAUACACUGUUGGUACUGAUAACUGCACUAAGUCCUCUUCAUGUUUGUGUGAGAAGGCUGCCCACUAA